ACCAACGCCCACCGUAGAUGACCUUACCGAUAAUAUUUGACCCCAAUUAAUCAUAAUUAACCUUUGAUCCUAGCCUAAUUGACACUAAUUGGUCAAUUAAAAGGGUUAAUUGACCAAUUAGUUCUCAAUUAAGUACAUAAACUAUGAUCUUUAACGGAUUAAUUGAACAAUUAGUUUCAAUCAAGUACUUGACCUAUGAUCUUUGACGGGGUAAUUGGUCAAUUAGUGUAAAUUAACUACUUAACCUGUGAUCUUCAACGGGGUGGUUGAUCAAUUAGCGUCAAUUAAGCGCUUAACCUAUGAUCUUAAAUGAUUUACCGAUCGAUUACGGGAAAUCGGCGGCGGCGGGUUUAACCCUUUCGCCCUCGGCCACGACCACACUUCACCACCCGAUUCCCCAGUCCGCCGCCGCAACCGCCAUAGAGGCCGCCACUUCACCCGCGGACUUCCCCUCCGCCGUCGUAAUCGCCUAAACUAUCACCACUUCACGAGCGCGCUUCCCCGUCCGCCGCCACCGCCGCGAUCCUUGGUUGCCCCGUCACCGAUCCGCUCGGUCCGGGGUCCGGGUCCCGCCUCGCCCGGCUCAGUCGCGUCAUCGCUGAUAACGGCUCGAUUUUUUCACCGUUAUCAUCGAUUUUACCGCGCUCUUUAUUCUAUCAUCGCAGACGCCAUUACCACGCGAUUACGUGUAAUAAAUGAUAACCGCGCGCGCGCACGCUGACGCGUUUUGAUAACGUUAUAAUUAUAUAACUAUUUUAAGUAAAAUAUAAAUAUAUUCUAUAUUAUAAUAAGUAGCACUACGUGUUAAACAUUAAGCCGCCGCCGCCGUCGCUGUAGUCUUUUUCAUAUUAAUCUUUUAUUUAAAUAAUAUAUAUAAUAUAAUGACCACCAACAGCACAUAUGCGUGUUAGAUAUAAACUCGAGGCUGUUGCUAAAGUCUUUUAGAGAUAAACAUUGCAACACGUGUUGGAGAUAUACAUAUAUAUAUAUAUAUACCAUCAUCUGAUCUUCAAGAUCCCGGAUUGUCGAUGAAAUCACGGGUAAAUGGUAUCAUGUAUUGUAUAAUAAUAAAUGUGUUAUGCGCGUCACUCCGUAACGCCGAACGGUCAGUCUUCGCCCCGAAGUCAACAGUGAUCGUAUCAUUCUGUGCUACCGUUUCAUUUCAGUGAAUUUAUUUAUCUUUUUUUGAAAUGUUUUUCAAAUGCGUUUCGUGCAAUAAAACUUAUGCGAGCAAAAGCAGCUUAACACGCCACCAGAAGACGCAUGACGGAGCUGUUUUUAAAUGCGAUGUAUGUUCCAAAAUAUACCAACGUCGCGAUUAUUUGGUAAAACACGUACAGAUCGUUCACAAAUUUAAAAAAUAUGGGGAUCUGUACAACGCAGCGAUGGGGAUAGCCGUACCGGUGAUGGGAGAAGUGCCGACAGCUGCACUAUUACCACCAUCACCCACCGCUUCACCAACGUAUAACUCGCUAUCAGCACCCCUCGCCAUCACAUCCACCGACACCGCCACCUUCGCCACUAUAGCUAUCUCCGCGCCUGUACCGCGUAAACGUUUUAACGAUAAUUCGGCUGUUAGCGUUAGACGUAAGAAAAAUCGUAUGACGUCGGUGAACACGGACGCUCUUGUCAAGAUCGAUUCGUCUUUUAAUCGAUCUGUCGUAUGGUAUUACAGAAAAAAUGCCAGCAACUGUAGUAGUUAUGACGUUUUUCUGCGGUCGAGCUGAUCGUGAGAUUACGCGAAUGCGUGCUUGUUCACCCUAUUAAAUACCAUCUCAAACUGGAGGCCACUUACGAUAUCCCCAAACUAGAUCAGUUGCUCGUCAACAGGUAUUUUAAGACAUGUGCCCGAGAGCUGUACGAGUUCGGGGAUAUCGACGAUAAGGUAAUGUGAUUGAUAAGCGCAUGUGAUUGUUGAGUGCUUUAAAUGCAUGCUUCUUUCUGUCCACAUUUGUGUCUACGCCAGCAGUCGUUUUUCACCGUGCGGUAUAGUUAAAACUAAAAGUAUGUCAGAUUCAAAUUUACUUUUAGGUAUUUCUGCAGCGUACUAUAUUAUCGCGAAUGCGAAAAAAAAACGUGAGAAAAAGCGUUCCAAAUGGAUAAAAAAUUAUUUUAAAACAAGAAACUUCAGUAUUAUUAACGAUUUGCAAUUGGACGAAGACUUCCUGUUUGGAAACUUUACGCGAAUGUCCAAAACAAAUUUUUUUUUCGUUAUUAAAAAUGAUCGAGCCCGAAAUUGUAAAACAGAAUACCAAAUUUAGAGAGGCAGUACCGCCUAACAUAAAAUUGUUAAUAACACUUCGGUAUUUAGCUACUGGUGAUUCAUUUUCAUAUCUUAUGUACCUAUUUAGAGUUUCCACACACUCAAUAUAAACGAAAAAAUCAAAAUGAUAUAAAUCAAAAUACUGAAAUAAAAAAAUAAUUACAAAAGUCGCAAUCAAAUCGCACGAAAAAUCCACUGGGCUUGGAAACACGUGCUUUGUCGCAUGCUGAACAAAACUUUUCUCCGUUCAACUCGAUAGACGCAUGCGUUAUUGAAUGCGCUUCGUUCGUCAUCGCAUGCUCUACGACGCAUGCACUUAUCGCAAGCAAAAACGCACUAGUGUGGACGUACCUAUAUGGUGACGUCCGAUUUUUCCAUACUUCUCGCCGAGGAGGACGUUUACCGCGGUAAAGGCAGUGGAUACACACUCGCGUGCAUAGACGGGCUGCUUUUAGGCGUGUACAAGUACACGCCGCUAGGCGGCUCGUCUUACGUUCCGUUACCGGCGCGCGUAGCUAAUCGUAAGGCUGUCGUAAGCUCGCAAAACGUUGAUCGCGAAUGUUUCAAGUGGGCCAUUCUGGCGAAACACGUGCAGAACACCGCGCACUGCGAACGAGUCGGAGCGAAUUAUUCGAGCGAGGUGUACCGGUACGACUUUUCCGCGUUAUCCGUCUCCACCCCCGUAUCGGAAAUAAAAAUGAUUGAGCGCUGUAACUCCGGUACGUCCGUAAACGUGUACGGUUUGGGAAAUUGCGGCAAUGAGAAAAUUUCACCUCAUAUCGUAUACCCUCUGAGGGUCGUGGAUACGGAGCAGGACAAUCAUUUCGACCUACUGCUGAUCACGCACGAGGGGGAUAACCAUUAUACGUUUAUCUCGAAUUUUUCCCGACUCGUUAGCACGCAGAUGACCAUGCGAGAACAUAACGUUUUCGUGUGCAAAAAGUGUUUCACCCGUUUCGACGAGCACCUACGCGCUAUAAGUGUAGCGGUGCGGCGGCGCUCGCAAAGCACAUGAAAAUAUGUGGCCCGCACAAACCGAUAGUACCCUUAAUGCUGUCGGAGGGGGUUACGGUACGAUUUGACGCGUGGGUUAAAACGCAACGCUUACCGUUCGUCAUAUACGCCGACUUCGAAUCGUAUCUCCGUAAGUCGACCGAGACGCGAGGCGCUAACACAUCUGUCUCGCAAGACCACUGCCUCAUGAGCUACGGUUUUCUGGUAAAGGUCGCGGACGGUGUGCCCGCGGAAUUGCUCGAAUGGUUCGAGAUUCCGAGCGCACCGGUCAUGGUUCGCGGAUCGGCUGCGCGAGACGACGUGGCGCGGCAAUUCGUCCUGGCGGUCACCUAGAUGCCGGGUAAAUUGUACGAAAUGUAUAUGACGACAAUCACGGGUAUCGUGUGUAGCGUUGGCGAGGAGGAACUCGCAGUGCACGUGGCAAAAACGCGUUGCGAUCUGUGUCGCACGGAGUUCCGCGAAGAAAACCGCAAAGUCGCUCACCACGAUCACCUGUCGGGGCGUUUUUUGAAAACAUUGUGCAACACGUGCAAUUUAAAUCUAAAAACGCCCAAUUUUGUGCCAUGCUUUUGGCACAAUUUAUCAAAAUAUGACGCUCAUUUUAUCGUGACUGAGUUGGAGUACAAUACCAAGAGGAUCACCGUGAUACCCAACUCGGAGGAGACGUACAUCUCUUCCUCGAAGUCCAUCAACAAAGAGUUCACGAUAAGGU